AUGCGUGUCUCCACUAGUGUUCUGCUCGGUCUGCUGGCCGCCAAUGUCUCGAUAGCCGCCAAGGUGGGCAAGUUCGAUGCCGACAAAUGUGCCGAUCCGUCCGGUAUGAAGACCUGUUACGACAAGGCAAAGUCAACCUACGACAGCUGCGUCAAGAAGAACUGCGACAAGAAGGAGGACGGCAAGACCACCAGUGAUCCCGACUGUCUGAACAAGUGCAGCUGCCCCCAGUACCAGGCUCAGAUCGACUGCGCGACCAGCUCUUGCUGGAACCAAGUCUACAGCUGCGAGUACGACCUGACCGUCGGCGCCCUGCUCGAGUCCUGCGAGGACAAGCAGUCGGUCGAUGACAUCCCCUUCUGGCCCGCCCCCGACAAUGCCAAGGGUGCCUGCUCUUGCAACGUUGGCAAGGUCGACCAGAUCUCUUACGGCGCCAUGGCAAAGGUACAGAAGCAGUGUGGUCUCAAGGCCUCCUCGGACGGCAGCAAGAUUCAGGAGUGUGCCUGCUGUGGUUUGAGUGCCGCGCUUUCUGCCCUGCCCAACACCUGCCCCAAGGUCAACCCCGCCGACCUGAAGCUCGCCGACAUGGAGGAGGAGUUCGGCGACAUGUGGGAGCAGUGCGCCGACACCCUCAAAGACCUCGACUGCGCCAAGGAGUUCGAUUUCCCCAAGCUCGACACCUACUACGGGCCCGGCAAGAUCCCCAAGGGCGGUAACGAGACCCUCUCCAACGCCAGCGGCUCCCUCACUGCCCCCGUUAGCGCCACCAUCACCUGGUCCGCCGGCUCGUCUGCCCACACCGUCACCGCCGUGUCCACCGACGCCGUCAAGGCCUCCGGUACCGGUUCCAGCGCCAGCGCUACCUCCGGCGACAAGGCCUCCGGCACUGCUUCUGCCUCUGCCACCGCCACCACCGGCGCUGCCGUGCGCGCGGGUAUGGACUCGUACCUGUGGGCCGGUCUGGCUGUUGCCGCCGUCUUCGUUCAGGCUUAG